GCUCCGUCAGCGGUCACGUGAUUUCCGAUGGGGUAAAAAAACAAAACACGGACUAGCAAAAUAGCUGUAAUGAAACUGAACAACAAUGCUCAACUACCGCCUAUAUUAACAUGUGUAGCACACAGGUGAGGCGGUGAUUAUCGACAACAACACGGGGAACUAAUGUUUGCUAGUCAACCAGACUUUUUUACACCAUGAAUUUAAGAGGACUCUUUCAGGACUUCAAUCCCAGUAAGUUCCUGAUCUACUCCUGUCUGCUGCUGUUCUCCGUGCUGCUCUCCCUGAGACUGGAUGGAGUCAUUCAGUGGAGCUACUGGGCCGUGUUCACCCCCAUAUGGCUGUGGAAGCUGCUGGUCAUCAUCGGGGCCUCGGUUGGCACCGGAGUCUGGGCGCACAACCCCCAGUACAGGGCUGAAGGGGAGACAUGUGUGGAGUUCAAAGCCAUGCUGAUCGCUGUGGGGCUGCACGUCCUGCUGCUGAUGUUCGAGGUGUUGGUGUGCGACCGCGUGGCCAGAGGAAACUACUUCUGGCUCCUCGUCUUCAUGCCGCUCUUCUUCGUGUCGCCCGUCUCCGUAGCAGCCUGCGUCUGGGGAUUCAGACACGACCGCUCCCUCGAGCUGGAAGUGUUGUGUUCAGUUAAUAUUCUGCAGUUCAUCUUCAUCGCUCUGAGGCUGGACAGGAUCAUCAACUGGCCCUGGCUGGUGGUGUGCGUCCCGCUGUGGAUCUUGAUGUCCUUCCUGUGCCUUGUCGUCCUCUACUACAUCAUCUGGUCUGUCCUCUUCCUCCGCUCCAUUGACAUCAUCGCCGAGCAACGACGGACUCACAUCACCAUGGCGAUCAGCUGGAUGACCAUCGUCGUCCCUCUCCUCACCUUCGAGAUCCUUCUGGUGCACAAGCUGGACGGCCACAACAGUCUGAGCUAUGUGUGUGUGUUCGUCCCUCUGUGGCUCUCGCUGCUCACACUCAUGGCCACCACCUUUGGGCAGAAGGGAGGAAACCACUGGUGGUUCGGCAUCCGUAAGGACUUCUGCCACUUCCUGUUGGAACUCCUCCCCUUCCUGCGGGAGUACGGAAACGUAUCCUACGACCUCCAGCGCAGCGAGGACCCAGAGGCGGCCGAGGACCUGCCCGUCCCCGAGCCGCCGCCCAAGAUCGCCCCCAUGUUCCACAAGAAGACGGGUGUGGUGAUCACUCAGAGCCCCGGGAAAUACUUCGUCCCGCCUCCUAAGCUCUGCAUCGACAUGCCCGACUAACUUCCUCCAGACGGAGACUGCUGGGACUCAUGAAGCCGGGACAGCAGAGGACAUGGCUCCUGGAGAGGCUCCCCUUAUCUAAACUCUUUUCCAGAGUGACACAUUGGAGCGUAUUUGGGGGAAAUGUGGAUCCAGAAUCCUCCUAUAUUUUAACCUGCUUAAAUCAGUUGAGGAUAUGGACCUGAAAGGGAGUCUCAGAUUCUCUGGGAUUCAAACCUUGACUGAUGGAUCUACGUGGACUAGCUUAUUUGACUUUUUUAGUUACAAAUCUAAAGCAAAGAUGGCACUUGUCUUGCUUCGUGAUGGGGACCAUUGGAGAGCUUCGAUUGGGGAUCAGUGGGCUCUUACUUUUCCCUAGAAAACAGAGGGAGGUGGAGGCAAAAAGAGAUCUUUAUCAGGUCUGUUUUAGUUCAAUACUUCCACACACAGAAACAGGAAGAUUCAAUCGUGUUUAUAUCAUUCUGUGCGAGUAUUGUCUUGAAUCAUACCUGAAAAAUCGUCCUUCAGAAGACAAUAAUAGAAAUGGCACUUUGUUAAUCAACAUGACUCCUGUCUGACACGACAUUAUUUUGUAUUCCUGUUUUAUUUUUGUUGUUGUAAAUAACCAACGAUGUCACGUUAGGGACCAGAGUCGAGAUGGCAGGGAUUGAAAGUGAGAAAAAAGUGCAAACAAUCACCCCCUUUUAUUCUUAUUCAACUUGUACGAGUCUACAGAAUAAAGCAGGUUGGAUACCUUA